AUGUCGACUGGCAGCCGCCUUGCGAUUUGGGUGCGGGGUAUUCGUUUUCUGGACGACGAUGAGGCCCACGAGUCAUUCAUGUAUGAGCAUGAGAAGGCCAUGGAGGCCGCCGAGCGUCGCUGGCCUGAGGUCAGGGAAUCAUUCGACUCGUGGGCCGGGAGGCAGGCAAAGUGAAAUCCAUCGCAUGCAUAGCAUUGCUUGCAUGUUUCUUCAUUCGUCCAGGAGAAGAUGCAUGAGGCCUUCGGAGCCACCGACUUCAAUUAGCAGAGCGGCCUCAUGGACACCGACUGGCAGCGCUGGCACGCCCGCCUCGGCCCGCUGCGAGGGUGCCUUUGGGAUCCGCCGGGUGCUUCGGGGAAGCGGCUGGCCCGACUGCUUGCCACCGAGGGCCGUCGGUGGCGUGAGGAGCAGCUGCCGAGUGAGCGCAUCCUCAUCUGCGCAUGCACGAUUCUCUUUCGGGCGCCAGAUGUCACUGGCAAGGACAUCGCCAAGACGGUGGAACGGCGGAUGGACCAAUGGGAGAAGCGCGACUUCGAGCAGCUCGUACAGGAGGCUGAGCGGAACAACGCCCUCCUGGCCACAAGGCCUGUCGGCAAGGACGACACCAACGAGGCCACUCUACGCCAAUUCCGUCGCCUGAUCGACAAGGGCAAGGUCAAGCAGGGCGUCCGGUUGCUGACCGAGCGGGGAGGGGGAGGCGCGCUGGACCCCAACGGCCUGGCUGAGGCCGAUCCUGCGGGCCGCACCGUCCGAGAGGUCCUCGAGUCGAAGCACUCCGCCCAGAGCGACCCUGACCCAUCCUCCUUCCUCGACCGGCCCCUCCCUCCCCUCACCCAGGUCGAGAUCACCACCAACCACAUCGACCGAGCCGCACGGGCAACGAAGGGAGGCGCCGGCCCUCUCGGUGGCGGGUCAUCGGUCUGGCACCUUCUCCCUCUCAAGUUCGGCGCGGCAAGUGCGGAACUGCGCCGAGAGUUAGCGGCCAUGACCUCACACAUCGCCAACGAGGAUGUGCCCUGGGAGCAGCUGCAGGCCCUACGCGCAUGUCGGCUUAUCGGACAGGACAAGCAACCGGGUGUGCGGCCCAUCGAGAUCGGGGAGGUCCUGAUGCGCAUCAUGGGCAAGGCGAUGGCCAAGGCGGUCGGGGUGGAUGCGGAGAUUGUAUGCGGUGCGGACCAGCUGUGUACCGGGCUCAAGGGGGGGGGGCCUGGAGGGUGCCAUUCAUGCGAUCUCCGGCCUAUUCGACUCGGGUGGUGUAGAGUGCGCGCUGCUGGUGAAUGCGACGAACGCCUACAACACGAUGGGUCGCGCUGCCGCCCUGUGAAACGUCCGCGUCCUGUGGUCGCGGUGCUCUCGCUUCCUAUUCAACACCUAUCGCGGCCAUGCGGCCCUCUAUAUGCGUGACCAGUCCGCGCCGCUGUGGAGUUGAGAAGGGACCACACAAGGCGACCCCUUGGCCCACCUGUUCUACUCCGUGGCCACCCUGCCCCUCGUAUGGGAGAUGAAGCGGCCAGUAGAGGGGGGCCCUCAGGCGUGGUUUGCCGACGACUCCGCCAAGGCGGGAGACCUCCAGGCGGUGCGUGAUUGGUGGGCUGAGCUGCAGCGGAGAGGGCCACCGAGGGGCUAUCACCCCAACGGCAAGAAGAGCCAGCUGGUGGUGCGGGCGGGUUGCGGAGCGGGCGCGAGAGGUGUUUGGCGAUACCGACGUGGAGAUCGUGAGUGGCGCUCGAUAUAUGGGGGGAUUUGUGGGGACCGCGGAGGGCAAGCGGGCCUACACCACCGAGAGGGUGCAGGAGUGGCAGCGGUGUGUCAACCGAAUGGCGGAGGCGGCGGCCAAGUACCCACAGGCAGCCCACACGGCACUCACAACGUCUCUGCAGGCCGAGUGGGAUUUCUUCAUGCGAGUGAUGCCUGAGGAGCGGGCGACAUUCGAGCCCCUGCGAGAUGCCCUCACUCACUACCUCACCCAGCUCUCCAGCCAUGCAGUGACCCCCACUGAGGCCCGGCUGAUGAUGCGGCCUGCGCGUCAUGGGGGGAUGGGGGUGAUGGACCCGACGGAGCGAGUGGCAGCGGCAUACGAGACGUCCACCAAGGGCACUUCCCUGCUGGUGUCCACCAUCCAGAACGGCGACCCACCUGAUGGCCCCCCAUUCAACCCCUUCCAGCACCGUGCCGAUAUGCACCAAGCGGUCAAGGAGGGGCGGUGGGCGACCGAUGAGGCUGCCAAGGAGCGCUUCGAGGACGGCCUCCAGCAGCUGCCCCCAGAGAGACGACGGGCGGUCCACCGGGCGAUCGAAGCCAAGACGGCCCCUGGGUGA